AAAGUUUGGCCCAGGUUCACUGCCGCGGGCCGCUCACACGAGUUUUGGCCCAUCGUUUUACGCACCCCUUCUCUCUCCACGGACAGACCCGAGGGACUAGGACUCUAGGAGGCGAGGCAAGGCAACCGGAGGCUGCGUCCACGCGGCGACGGCGGCGGGUCGGCGGCGGCGUACGACUACGAGCACCUCCUCCAUUGCCCUUCAAGAAAUGAAGGUUAAGAUUAUUCAGUGGCAUGCGGUGGCUUCUUGGACAUGGGACGCCCAAGAUGAGACAUGUGGCAUAUGCAGGAUGGCAUUUGAUGGCUGCUGCCCUGAUUGUAAGUUCCCUGGUGAUGAUUGCCCACUCAUUUGGGGUGCCUGCAAUCAUGCUUUCCAUCUUCACUGCAUACUCAAGUGGGUGAACUCUCAAACAUCAACCCCCCUUUGCCCCAUGUGCCGUAGAGAGUGGCAGUUCAAGGGCUAAUUGGCAUGUCAAAGUAUGUCAGCACCAGGUGUGUUCUUAGCUCAUAGAGAGCUGGAAUGGGUUUUAAGCUGGAAUGUAGUUAUGUUGUCUUGUAAGGGUUCUGUAGUAGUUUCUGGAAAUCAGGAGGAUUGGCAUCUUUUAAGUCAAACUGUGAGGCUGUGAGCCACAGCUAUUGUGUCUUUCCAAGUUUCUGACCGAGCAAAUGCAAUGAUUAAAUUUGAAAGUUCUAAGCA